UGCAGUCCGGGUUUCUAGCGGUGAGUGUAUAGCCAUAAAAGGGAGCUGCUUUCGUCGAUGCACCGUUUCUGGUAAUGCCGAAAAUCAUGAGGCAAGGCGCAGUCAUCAUACUUGUCCUUCUGGCACCGAUUCCUGAAGUCCUCGGCUUCGGUGCGUUCUUGGCAAGGUUGGCGGUGAGAAUGCCGUUCUUGUUGAGGUCCUUGCCCAGGGUUGGAGAAGUCGUACACGUCUUGGGCCAUCUAGGUGGAGGAUUGUUGGAACUUCAAAGAGAACCCGAAGAGCUUCAAGAGUCGGAUGUGGCCGACGUGUUUGCACUCGCAAUGGGACCGGGUCCGCGACCCUUUGACCUUCGCCCAAACCCAAACGAUAAUAUAACUGGAUAUACAGGGCCUGGCAUUUCAGGUACUACAGAAUUCUCAGCGAACAGCACAAUAUGUCUACAGUGCGGAAAGUGCAGCUGUACGUUUGACUGGAAAGCGGACUUUUAUGGCACAAGAAUCGGUUGCACUUCAACGGUGAAAAAAUUCACCUGCUCAUGCAAACGGAGUAGCUGCAGCAGCCGGACGAUUGUGAAGUGCCUAAAAAAUCUGGCGUAUGGAAAUUGUGAGCAACGUCUGCAGCAAAUCUCCUGCCUCUAAUUUUUAGUAAAGGCCUACUUACGUAA